GACACUUUUCGACAACGGUGUUGCGAAUCUUGAAUGACCACCUUAAGAGGGCGUGGCUACAAAAAAUGUCAUGGCGUCCUCCGUUGAUUUGACUUUACCGUUUUCUUACUAAAAUAAAAAUUAUAUAUCAUAACCGGCUACCACAAAUAUUAAGUACAAAUAAUAACCUGUUCUGCGGAUCCAACCAUGGGGGCCGUCCACGCAAGGAGCCUUGACCCUCUCCCCAUGAAGGGACCCGAGCUGGGUGUUCAUGCCGAUGACAUCGAAACGUCAGAUGUUGAGAAGGAAACUAAGCAAGAAGUUCUUGAAAACAAAAAUGUGGUAGUUCAAAAAGUCCACAUAGAUGGGCUGGGAAAAACAAAGGAAGACUUCCUGACUUAUGAAAUUUCCGAGGUGUUUCGAGCAAAGAACCUAAUAGACGUAAUGAAGAGGUCUCAUGAAGCCAGACAGAGACUGCUGCGUCUUGGUAUCUUCAGAAAAGUGGAAGUUGUCAUUGACACCUCACAAGGAGUUGAUGCCCUUCCCAACGGUUUGGAUGUUACGUUUGAGGUGACAGAGCUCAGGCGCAUGACAGGCAGUUACAACACCAUGGUGGGCAACAAUGAAGGAAGCAUGGUACUUGGUCUGAAGCUCCCAAAUACAUUUGGUCGCGCAGAGAAGCUGACGUUCCAGUUCUCUUACGGCACUAAAGAAACGUCCUAUGGCCUAUCUUUUUUUAAACCUCAAGCAGGGCACUUCGAACGAAACGUCUCUGUCAAUCUAUACAAAGUCACAGGACAGUUUCCAUGGAGCUCACUGAGGGAGACCGAUCGAGGCGUCUCCACAGAAAUUAGUUUCCCUGUGUGGAGGACCAACCACACCCUCAAGUGGGAGGGAGUGUGGAGAGAGCUUGGCUGCCUGGCACGGACUGCAUCUUUCGCUGUCAGGGAGGAGAGCGGGCACUCCCUCAAGUCGUCACUAUCGCACACAAUGGCCAUUGAUACCAGAAACUCCUCCAUCUUGCCGAGGAAAGGAGGUCUCUUCAAGGUUCACCAGGAAUUGGCAGGUUACUUCGGUGGAGAUGCUCGCUUCCUGAAGGAAGACUUUGAGAUUCAAUUGAACAAAAGUCUUUUCUGGGACUCGGUUCUGUCAACCUCGCUAUGGGGUGGCUUGCUGCUUCCCAUCGGUGAUCAGCCCACAAGCAUCGCAGACAGGUUCUAUCUUGGUGGACCCACGAGUGUCCGAGGUUUCAGCAUGUAUAGCAUGGGCCCACAGAGUAAAGGUGACUACCUGGGAGGGGAGGCCUACUGGGCUGGGGGUCUCCAUCUCUACACGCCCCUCCCCUUCAGACCAGGCAAGGGGGGCUUCGGUGACCUCUUCAGAACGCACUUCUUCCUCAAUGCCGGGAAUCUGUGUAACCUCAACUAUGGUGAAGGCCCCCAAGCCCACCUGAGCAAGCUUGCCGAGUGCAUACGUUGGUCGUACGGAGCAGGUAUUCUGCUGCGGCUGGGAAACAUCGCCCGGCUGGAGCUCAACUACUGCAUCCCAAUGGGAGUCCAGAGCGGAGACAAGAUCUGUGAUGGAGUCCAGUUCGGAGCAGGAAUUCGUUUCCUGUGAUUUAUUAUCCUUGCUUUGGAGCGAUAUUCAAGACUUGCAAUACCUU